GCGCCAGAAAUUGUAUGAUCACCAAGGGUACAAUAUGAGGUUGUGGUGAUCAUCUAAUUCUCAGAUGUCGUUGCUCAACCGCUCUGGCAAUGCCUUGAGGCGGGCUGGCAAUGCUAACUCAGGCACCAUGCACAGAGAUUUCGUCCUCAACCCUAUUACGGCUUUGGCUUUUUACACCUCGAAAGCGGAUGGGCGACGUUAUCUACUCGUUGGUGAAGACAACCGUUUAAAUCUCUACGAUUUCGAGACGUCCAGCCUGUGUGGAGAGUUCGAUGUUUUCCCGGCACAAUCCGUGCAUGGCAUUGCAGUGACUGCGGAUGAUGGAGUCAACCAGAGAAUCCUGGUAUGGGGUGGUUUUUCUGUGGUAGUCCUGCCAAACAAUCUAGUUGAGGAUGUAAUCUCCGGUGGAUCGAGCAAGAAUCCGCAGGGAUUGCCAUUACUCGUGGCAAAAGCCUCUGACUGGAUCUUUGGGGGCGUUGUUUCUCCCCAUGGAACCCAUGAAUUGGCUUUGCUCACAGCACACAAUGACCUGAUCAGAGCGCGUUUUGACGCCAAUGAUGGAUCAAUCGAAUUUCUGGAGGAAUUAUCCCCGUCGCGGCCUAUACUCUACUCAGGCAACAUCUCUUGGGAAGAACCCGACUGCAUCCUUGUGGCCGCAGGAACAGUUUUUGGCGAAAUCGUGGUCUGGAAAUAUGAAAUUGCAUCACAGCAGCAGCAGUCUCGCUGCGAGGUUCUCUUCGUCUUCUCCGGACAUGAAGGCUCAAUAUUCGGGGUCCAUAUCUCCCCUAUCAUAACGCUUGAGACGGGGGAGAGUCUGAGAUUGCUUGCAAGCUGUAGCGACGACAGGACAAUACGAAUAUGGGACAUUACUGAUGCUCGCGAUCUUUCAAGUCAAACUAGUGAUGAGUACCGAAAAAAGAUCCAGGCGGUCCGAGAGACUGGGUUUGGAGAUAGCAUUGAGUCAGCAUCACUCGAAGAAACCUCGGCUAGGUGUCUUGCAGUAGCCAUGGGCCAUAUUUCAAGGAUUUGGCAGGUGGAGUUUCCAAGGAGGCCAUCUUCUAUUCACGGAUCAAGUUCAAUUGAGAUCUGGUCUUUCGGCGAGGAUGCGACAGCGCAAAGGUGGUCUCUGGCUUUGAGCAGCACAGAUCCAAGGAACAACCCGAAGUCGAUUCAGUCGACAGAUUUACCCACGCGAACUAGGGGUCAAAUGAAAAGCGAGGCUAUCUUCGCAAACCAUAGCGGAAAGAACAUCUGGUCCCAUGCCAUAACAAACGACGAGACUGGUCAAUUAGUUGUUGUCACUGGCGCGUCUGACGGGAAAAUAUCCAUUAUUGGCAAUAGCCAAAGGAUUGCUUCGGAACAGACGCUCCAUGAGAUCCCACCAAUGUCCGUUACUACUGCUGCGGAGGUGGGUACGAAUGCCCAAGAUCUAGCAAUAACAAAUGGUUCGGACGGUACAGGCUCGACCCCAGAAGCACUAAAUGGAGUUGUAGACGCUACUGGCGAAGGAAACAAGGUUUCCGGUAAAGCACCAAAGCCAAAGAAACAGAAGGUCAAGAAGCCAGUCAGGGACUAUUUCAACAGAUAUGCGCUUCUCACAGACAGCAGCAUCCUCACUUCGACAAAGAACGGUAGAUUCCUUGUGGGCAAUGCAUCCCGCAACUCCCCAUGGGAAGAGGUCUUCUUGCCCGACGAGUUUAGAGACAAGUGUUCUACUUAUGCAGUCGUCAAGGGGUCCUUCAACUCAUCUACGGCCUUUGUCGGAACUGAUGAGGGCGAUUUGUUUUCAUAUAGUACCGCUGAUCCCACGAGAUUGAACCAUUUGGCCCGAGUGCACGGCAAGGUUUCAGACAUCUUCCGACUAUCGAAUGCUUCGGUGGAUCCAACCACCCCGAACGAGGCUAAAGUGUUGGUUACAGUGCUCGGAAGCGAAACCGCCUCACUUCUGGAAUUUGACAGUUCUAGUGGCACCGAACAACCAAGGCAAAUCGACAUUCCCUUGGACAAGCGAUUCUUGGUCACAUCUGCAGCACUCCAUGAAAACAGUAUCAUACUAGGUUCCAGGACAGGCUUCAUCAUUGUCCUCGAGGCUGCCGAAGGAGGUACAUAUAAGCAGCAAGCCCUGGUAGAACCAAGGACCAACGACUGUAUCACAUCCAUAUCAAUCCUGCCACCAAAAGGUGGGGAAGGGAUACUUCAAUUUCUUACUACGUGUAGGGAUGGCAAGUUCAGGAUAUAUACCACUCACAAGACUCAUGACAGCUUGAGCAUAACAUUGAUCCAUGAGACAUCACCACCAUUUGGACCUAUAAUAGAAGGAGCUUGGUUCUCAUCCAAUGAUGACAAGAGUAUAGAUUUAAUCCUUUUCGGUUUCCGAAGCACGAAGUUUGUAGUUUGGAAUGAAACUCAACGCAAAGAAAUUGCUGCCAUAGAAGUUGGUGGUGGCCAUAGAACAUUUGUUUAUGACCCUACGCCUGGCAACUCGGAUGCCUUCCGGCUUGUGUGGACACAGGCAUCACAGUUGCAUUUCUUUUCCCAAACCCAUGCGCCUCACAGAGCACUCAAGGCAGGGGGCCAUGGUCGAGAAAUCAAGGCUGUGAGUUCUUCUGGAGCACUCAUGGCUACGGCAGCAGAAGAUACCGCCAUAAGAAUUUGGAGUUACCGAGACGAGACGGAGAAAACGCAGACUCCCUUGAGAUGCUUAGGAGCCCUGGAAAACCACACUGCUGGCAUUCAAAGCAUGAAAUGGUACAACCAAAGCCAUCUUUUCAGUAGUGGUGGAAACAAGGAGUUCUUCAUCUGGCGGAUCAGUCAUCUCGACUCCGCCUACGAGGGGCUUGCUGUGAAAUGCGAAGCUGUGUAUCCUGACCGAGCGGACGAUAUUGAUUUGCGGAUUAUGGACUUCGACGUGCACUGUGCGAAUGGAGCAUCGGAUGACGAACCGUCUUUCGUUAUCUCAAUGAUCCUUUCCAACUCGGCCUUGCUCACAUACACAUACUCCGCGCUUGCAGGCUUCGGGCUGAUAGCUAGAGGUUCUUAUACCGGCGCGUGCAUGACACAACUGCAGCAGCUUCAUGUUGACGACACAACUAUUCAGACAAUGACUGCUGCAACUGAUGGUUAUAUCACCAUUUGGGAAGCAAAGGUCCCUGCCGCGGGCGACUCUUCGGUGGGCGAGUAUGCAAAUCUUCUUAUAACGAAACUACAUCAAAGCACCAUGAAAUCUUUAGACAUGCGUGUGAUACCAGCACUAAUUGGAACAUCAUAUCUCAUCGCAACAGGCGGUGAUGAUAACGCCUUUGGCGUGACACACCUUUUCAGAGACAAUUCCUCAGGCUCCGUGACCAUACGGACCAAGUCCAUCAUUCGAUCAGCGCAUGGCGCAGCGGUGACGGGUAUUGGCAUAUUGGGUUUCACUGCAGGUGAGAGAGACGCCGUUGUGGUGAGUUGCAGCAAUGAUCAAAGGGUCAAGAGGUGGCAGGUCGUGGAUUGGCAGAGCGAGGAGGUGAAAGUAAAACUCUUGGACAAUCACUACAGUGCCAUUGCCGACACCGGAGACUUGGAAAUUCUCAAGGAAGGGACAAGAUUUGUCGUAGGUGGUGUAGGGUUGGAAGUGUGGGAAAUCGAGGGUUAAGUCGUCCGAUCGAAAAAGGGCAAACAAACGACACUGAUGUUCUGAUCUGGUAAUCCCUUUAGCUAGUACGAUCAAACUGAAUGUUGUUGACGCGGACACAUGAACUUCGUUGCGAGUUUGCCGCCACAAAGUAAUUAGAA